UGUUAUCAACAUAUUUAUAUCAAUACUAAACCCUGAAAUUCAUAUUGUAUAAAAUAAUGAGUGCCCACUACUUGUGCAUCUAUUGACAAUAUUGAUAUCAAUCAUUAUUAUUAGUUAUUCAAUCAAUAACUAUGUUAGCAACUCCUAGUAGUUGGCUAAGUACCUAAAAUAUCCUAAUGCAAUUAUUCAUUGAAGAAACAUAAAUCAAUUGGAAAACAUAGUUUGAUACCAUGAAGUGCUGUGAAAGUUUCGUGUAUAUCAUAGAACCGAGACAAAUUAUAUUCAGGUAUGUCAAAGUUGUAAAAUUAAUAACGGCAGAGGAAAAAUAUAUUUUACUAUAAUAUUCAUGCGCAUGUGUAUGGUACUUAUAAUUAAAGACUAUAAGGUUGGCAACUACACAUUUUUAAGCAAGAACUUGAAUGUACUUUUUAUUUCAGUUUCAAAAUUGGAGUUUUAUGUACCCACAUGUAAUGCCUCCCCAGACUCUUUUAAACUCUGAACGCCAAACUCAAAUUCCAAUAGGAACUAUGCUGACCUUUUGUUGGAUGGGGCCCGAUGAAAGAUGGUUGUGCCCAAAAUGUGGCCGCAACUACAAACGGAAAGCCCAUUUAAGUUUCCACUUGGCCAAAGAGUGCGGGGUUGGGCCUCAAUAUAAUUGCUCGAAAUGUUUCAAAUUUUUCAAACGUAGUAGUCAUUUGAAGAGUCACCAACUAUCGUGCGGUGAUGUUUCACCUAAAUUUCAAUGCGACAUUUGUAAAAAGAAAUUCACACGCAAGGACAACAUGAAAACUCACAAAAACACUAUUCAUAGACUUUCCGAUCCUAAUAUACCAAAUGAAGUUUAUGCAUUUUAUAGCGAAUGGCAAAUUGGCGAUUCAGAUUAACACGUAGUUAAUUAUAUUUAUAAUAUGUUAACUGAAACAUAAAUCACUUGUUUAUAUAUCUUAUUAUGUAUGCUUAAAUACAUAUAAUAUUUGUUCAUUUAUAUUAAUGUUCAGAUAUAUCUUAUAUACAAUUAUAGAAUACAAUUUAAAACUGUACCUAAUACA